AAAAAUGGAUGAUUGGUUGUUUUGGCUUCCUGAGUUAACGGUUUGAGGAAGGCUGGAUUUCUAAGCUUUUUGGAGCCGGGAACUUUGUGUGCUUGUGAAGUUUUCUGGAGAAAAGGAGCCGGGGGGGGGGGGAGAGAGCGUAAAAGCAAGGCCUUUCCUCUGACCUAUGAAAAUGUUGGAGAUUUGUCUGAAAUUGGUGGGCUGCAAGUCAAAAAAAGGACUCUCCUCAUCCUCCAGCUGUUACUUGGAAGAGGCCCUUCAGAGGCCAGGAGUCUCUGAAUUUGAGCCCCAGGGCCUGAGCGAAGCUGCCCGCUGGAACUCCAAGGAAAACCUCCUGUCUGGUCCUGGAGAAAACGACCCGAACCUUUUUGUGGCCCUAUAUGACUUCGUAGCAAGUGGAGACAACACUCUCAGCAUAACUAAAGGUGAAAAGCUCCGUGUCCUGGGCUACAACCACAAUGGAGAAUGGUGUGAAGCCCAAACAAAGAACGGGCAGGGCUGGGUCCCCAGCAACUACAUCACCCCUGUCAACAGCUUGGAGAAGCAUUCCUGGUACCACGGUCCGGUGUCGCGGAACGCCGCCGAGUACUUGCUCAGCAGCGGAAUCAACGGCAGCUUCCUGGUGCGGGAAAGCGAGAGCAGUCCGGGGCAGCGGUCCAUCUCUCUGCGAUACGAGGGGAGGGUCUACCACUACCGGAUAAACACCGCCUCGGACGGGAAGCUUUAUGUCUCUUCGGAGAGCCGCUUCAACACCUUGGCCGAGCUCGUCCAUCACCACUCCACCGUAGCAGAUGGGCUGAUCACCACCCUCCACUACCCCGCCCCGAAGCGGAACAAGCCCACCAUCUACGGCGUCUCCCCAAACUACGACAAGUGGGAGAUCGAGCGGACAGACAUCACCAUGAAACACAAACUGGGAGGAGGCCAGUAUGGGGAGGUGUACGAAGGAGUCUGGAAAAAGUAUAGUCUGACUGUAGCCGUGAAGACCUUAAAGGAGGACACCAUGGAGGUGGAAGAAUUCUUGAAAGAGGCCGCAGUCAUGAAAGAGAUCAAGCAUCCAAACCUGGUGCAAUUACUGGGCGUGUGUACACGGGAGCCCCCAUUUUAUAUCAUCACCGAGUUCAUGACCUACGGAAACCUGCUGGAUUACCUGCGGGACUGUAACAGGCAGGAAGUGAAUGCCGUGGUGCUGCUUUACAUGGCCACCCAGAUCUCCUCAGCCAUGGAGUACCUGGAGAAGAAGAACUUCAUCCACAGGGACCUGGCUGCCCGGAACUGUCUGGUCGGGGAGAACCAUCUGGUGAAGGUGGCUGACUUUGGCUUGAGCAGGCUCAUGACGGGGGACACGUACACGGCCCACGCGGGGGCCAAGUUCCCCAUCAAGUGGACGGCACCCGAAAGCCUCGCUUACAACAAGUUCUCCAUUAAGUCCGAUGUCUGGGCCUUCGGCGUCCUGCUUUGGGAAAUCGCAACUUACGGCAUGUCUCCGUACCCUGGGAUUGACCUCUCGCAGGUCUAUGAGCUCCUGGAGAAGGACUAUCGCAUGGAGCGUCCCGAAGGCUGUCCAGAGAAAGUCUACGAGCUCAUGAGAGCCUGUUGGCAGUGGAGCCCUUCCGACAGGCCCUCCUUCGCCGAAAUCCACCAAGCAUUUGAGACCAUGUUUCAAGAAUCCAGCAUCUCAGACGAGGUGGAAAAAGAGCUCGGGAAGAAAGGGAUGCGGGCUGCCGUCAACACCUUUUUGCAAGCUCCCGAACUGCCAACCAAAACAAGAACAUCCAGGAGAGCUGCAGAAUGCAAAGACGCCAACGAGAGCCUGGAGACGGCGUCCACCAAAGGCCCGGGGGAAUGUGAAUCCUCAGAGCACGAGCCGACGGUCUCUCCUCUGCUGCCGCGGAAGGAAAGGGUCAACGUGGAGAGCGGCCUGAACGAGGACGAUCGCUUGCUGCCGAAAGACAAAAAGACCAACCUUUUCAGUGCCCUGAUCAAGAAGAAGAAGAAGCUGGCCCCGACUCCUCCGAAGCGCAGCAGCUCCUUCCGGGAGGCCGAGAGCCACCCGGACCGCAAAGGAGGCGGGGAGGAGGAUGGCAAAGAGGGUGGAAACGGGGUCCUGGGCGCCCACCCUUUGGACUUAGAGGACCGCGCCAGGUUCCAAACCUCCAGCAACGAGGCUGGGGUCGCCAACGGAACCGUGGCGGGGAACUCGGGGCUGCUGUCCCCCCACCUCUGGAAGAAGUCCGGCCCCACCCCGAAUAGCCGUCCGGGGCCCGGCGAAGAAGAGAGCGGCGCCAACGCCAGCAAGCGCUUCCUCCGCUCGUGCUCGGCUUCCUGCGUGCCCCACGGGGCCAGGGACACCGAGUGGAAGUCCGUGACGCUUCCCCGGAACCCCCAGUCCACGGGGCGGCAGUUCGACUCCUCCACCUUCGGGGGGCACAAGAGCGAGAAGCCGGCUCUGCCCCGGAAGCGGGCGAGCGAGGCCAAAGCCGACCUGGCUGCCAAGGGGGCGGCCACCCCGCCACCUCGGCUGCUCAAGAAAAGCGAGGAAGUGCCUGAGGACACGCCGAGGGAUGUGGAGUCCAGCCCGGGCUCCAGCCCCCCCACCCUGACGCCAAAACUCGGCCGGAGGCAGCCGCCCGUCCCGCCAGCUGUGGGCCUCGGAUACAAAGAGGAUGCUGUGAAGCCCGGUGCAGUAGGGGUGGGGGCGGCCAUGGAGCAGGGCUCGGCGGCCAGAGCCGGGGUCGGAGCCCUCCCCAGCAUGGCCAGGGCCUCCGCGGAGGAGCCUCGGCUGAGGAAGGCCAAGCAGGCCUCGGAGAAGGAGAAGGGCAAGCACGCCAAGCUGAAGCCGGCCCCGCCACCCCCGCUCUCCUCGGCCUCUUCCCUCGGCAAAGGCGGCAAGGCAGCUCUCGGGCCCAGCCAUGACGGGCCCGAGGGGGGCCCGGCCAAGGGCAAGCACCCGGCCCCCGACUCCGCCGGUGCCGAGACCGCCAAGCCCAGCCCAUUAGCCGAGGGGGGGAAGAAGCCGGCCGUCUCCUCCGCGCCAAAGCCCCCGUCCUCCUCAAAGCUGCUGCUGAUGACGGCCGCCCCCUCGCCCGCCUCGCCCUUCGCAGCCCCCGCCACCUCCUCGCCCGCCGGCGCAGAGCAGCCCGCCUGCACGGCCUUCAUCCCCCUCAUCUCCACCCGUGUCUCCCUGCGGAAGACCCGCCAGCCGCCCGAGAAGAUCGCCAGCGGCGCCGUCACCAAGGGCACGGUGCUGGAGAGCGCCGAGGCGCUGCGGACAGCCAUCAGCAGAAACUCCGAGCAGAUGGCCAGCCACAGCGCCGUCCUGGAGGCGGGCAAGAACCUCUACACCUUCUGUGCCAGCUACGUGGACUCCAUCCAGCAGAUGCGCAACAAGUUUGCCUUCCGGGAGGCCAUCAACAAACUGGAGAACAACCUCCGGGAGCUGCAGAUCUGCCCCGCCACGGCCGGCAGCGGCCCGGCGGCCACGCAGGACUUUAGCAAGUUGCUCAGUUCCGUGAAAGAAAUCAGCGACAUCGUCCAGAGGUAGCAGGAGCCUGCCAGAGCCGAGUGUCCGCAGCCGGCCACAGGCUCGCCGUGGCAUCCAGCGCCAACGUGGGGCUUGGGGGGACCUCGGUGUGGGCUGGCCCAGGACUUUCCCGUGCGUGGGGCGAAAGGAAGAAAUCACAUGGGAUACAAGUGGCUCCCUUGCAAACCACGUGGAAAUCAGCCGGAGCUGCACCACGCAGCUUCCUUCCCUCCCAGUGAGAUGUGCAGUUGGGGGGCUUGGAUUUGGGGGGGUCCCAUGGCCCCCCUGAACCACUGCCUUUCCUCAGGCCGCCCUGGCUAUCGGGGUGGCCACCCCCGAUUCUUCACUUCAAGCCUCGCUGGGAAGCCAGAGUCUCCGUGAGAGAUUGCAGGACGCUUCCUCCCCACCCGCUUCCCGUUUCCGUGCCGUUUCUCACAUACUCAAAUCCUCUUAUCUGUGCAGGGUUCUUGCCUGGGGGGAUUUAGUGAGUCUUAACAUGUCGAGGGUGCUUCAUUUCUCACACGCCUGUUCAUAUUUUAUUCCCUCUGGGUUGAGCUUUUCGUUGGAAGCAGGGCCUGGCGGAUGCCGCCUGCACCGGGGUGGGGGCCCCUUCCAGUGCCGCCACCUGCCUUCCUCCCACGUGCCCCAGCAGUGCCUGCUGGUGGCAAUGCCCACCCACCCCCAGGCCCUCUCCCCUCCCUCCAGCUCCCAGGGUUAGAACUAGGGAAUGGCUGUUGUGGGGGUGAACCAUUGGCCUCUCCCCGCCCCACUCCUGGCCUUCCUGUGCAAAGGAUGCAACACAUUCCCUGCUUCUUUCCGAGAAAUUACUUGGUCUCAGAAAGAGCCAGCUGAGUCACCUGCUUGAGCAGAAGUGCCCCGGAGAUGCGUCCCUCGGCAGCCCCCACCCAUGUCCUGCUAGCAAUAAAUGACUCCCCAGGCUCACGGGGGCCCGAAAGCGCCCGUCCACGGGGCCGCCUCUUCUCAGGCGUCCCCCUCCGGCCUGGCUUCCUCAGGUGGGUCAGUGCCCUGCCUCAGGGACACCUGGCACAUGUGCACCUGCCACGAAGGUACCUGCACAGGAAACGUGGGAGAGGUACCACAUCCAUCCCGUGGGAGCCUCCCCUUUCCAGCGUGCCCAGUUUUGGGAUCUCGCUGGUCCACCUGGUUAAGUAUCUGGCUGUUGAGACAAACCCCCUGGAAUUCAGUGCUGCCUGACCAAACCCUUCUGCCUGGACCCCACCGUUGCCUCGCUGGGGGCAGGAGCAGGUUUAAUCCCAUUGGAUCCGGCCACCACCUCUUGGGAGAACCCCUGGCAGCUUCUUCGCCCCUUGACCAAAAGCUCCGAAGGAAAAACGCCAGGGGUGCCCUUGGGCCGUGUCUUCUGCCCUGGGCUUGGUUGCGCCUGCAGCAUGGAAGGAAGUGGGAGGGAGUGGCAGGUGGGCCAUCCAGAGCGGGCAGAAGAAACAGGCCAGGAAGGAAGCAGCACCCUUUGGGCUUGCUCUGAGCGGAACCCCUGAAACGCCUUUCAUUGAAAGGUUCUCCACAAAGGUAGAACUGCUCCCGGACUGGACUUCUUCAGAGUGCACAGCGAUACCAAAGGAACACGUUUUUAAAAAUCCCUGCACAUAGAAAACAAGCAUGUCAGGCUCUUCUCCCUGACAUGCUAGCUUUCCGCGCCAGGUGGCCCUUCCCCAUCUUCACAGAGAGAGAAUUUCGGCAUACUAGUCACACCAUGCGCAUGGAAGGUCGAGCCAGGAGCAGUUUCAUCAAAAGAACAAAUAUUUAUUAAGAAAGGCUCUUAACACAGAGGAAUAACUCGGCCCCUGCUGCUGAACGACCGCUGGGCUUCUUCCGCAAGCCACGCUGGCCUCCUCCUCGGCUCCUCGCUCCUCAGGGGAUGACGGCAGCCCUGCAAGCCCAUAUUCCUGACAAUUGUUCAGUUGUGGACCAAAGCCCUGCUCAGCGAUUUAACACUAGUCCAGCCGAUGAGCCGUGCAAUUUAUGUCCUUUCAGAUGAAAAGGCAAGGCAUAAAAACUCAUAAAAAUAAAAGAGAGCUGCCCUUUCUCUUAACCGCCCCGCUCCCACUGUUUCAUAGCAACCCCUUCUUUUGUGGAUCAUCAACACUAAUCACUUUUAAUUAUCUUGCUCCCCGUCUCUUUCAGACAAAUGCACGUGUGAGCCUUCCGCCUCCCCCAGCCGACACCCCCCACACACGCCUUUGCCAAACUGACAAAUUUUUUGUACAUUGUGAUACACACAGAAUUGAACGCAUGACCACAAGCUGCCUUUUAAAACCCCUGUGUGUGCGAGAGUGUGUUCAGUGAAAAAGAGACGAUUCCUUUUCUUUUGGGACUGUACUGUUUUCAGAGGGUACUGUUACUUUGUGGAUAAUCUGUUGGUGCCACUAUAUAUACAUUUUUAUCUCAGUAUUACAGCUUUUGUAGGCCUUUCCCCCCGAUGUGUAAAUAGCUGUCCCAAGCUUCUGUCAUGCCCACAGUCCUUGCUCCUUCUCCGCCUCUUCUCCUGCUUGUGAGUGUCCAGAUUCGUCUCCACCCUUCUCACCCUGACUUUGUGUUUGUUUUUAAAUAACGCCUUUUCUUCCUUAGUCUUUUUUAAAAUAAAUUGAUGUCCAAGAAAGAAGCGUA